UGUUUGUUUGUUUUCUCCAAAAAAGAGUCAUCGCCUUUUUUUGGUGCAUAUAAGAUAUAGGUGACAGAUCGAUAUUCAAGAUAUGGGUCGUGUAAAACUGGAGAUAAAGAGAAUAGAAAACAACACGAAUCGUCAAGUUACUUUCUCAAAACGUAGAAAUGGCCUCAUUAAGAAGGCUUAUGAGCUCUCAAUCCUCUGUGACAUUGAUAUUGCUCUUAUCAUGUUCUCUCCUUCCGGUCGUCUUAGCCAUUUCUCUGGCAAAAGAAGGAUCGAAGAUGUUUUUACUCGUUUCAUCAAUCUUCCUGACCAAGAAAGAGAACAAGCUGUGGUUGAGAAAGGCAGGCACUGUGACCUCCAAAACAAAGAGCAGUAUUUGCUUAGGACCUUACAGAAACUAAGGAGUGAAAAUGACAUUGCUCUUCAAAUUGCCAAUCCGGCGACUGUUAACUCUGAGAUUGAGGAACUCCAGCAGGAAAUUGGUAGGUUACAGCAACAACUUCAAAUGGCUGAAGAACAGAUAAGGUUAUAUGAGCCUGACCCACUAAAGAUCACAUCUAUUGGAGAGCUGGAAUCCAGUGAGAAAAAUCUUCUGGACAUCAUGACACGAAUCAUGCAGAGAAAGGAAUAUCUGUUGAGCAAUCAUUCGUCUACUUAUGAUCCAUCCAGUAUACAGCAAGGGAUGCCAGCCUCUUUCGAGCAUGAAGUUGUGAGUUGGUUGCCCGAUGGUGGUCACAAUCAUGGACAAAUGUUUGAUGCAUCUGCUUCUCUCAAUCAAUUAAUGAGGGAGCUGUCAUCAACAGUGUAUGAUCCGUUCUCGCAAGGAACCAGCUCAAACACUGAUCCUCGUAGCAUGAGUACUGACGGAAACCUCACGGCAUGGCCUCAAGCCUACAACUCGACUGGGCACCACUCCGCCACUACUAUCUUGCCACCAACUUCAUUCCCUCCAAUUCAGCAUGGAAUGGUGGGAUCAGAGGUGCCGGAGAUGAUGACACAUCAUGAUCAACAAGUGGAGAUCCAAAUCAAUGGUUCGCACGUUCAUGUGGAUGAUGAAGUUGCAAAUUUUGAGACCAAAUUAAGUCCAUCGGCUUGAUGGGAAAAUGUUCUUGUUCUUUGUGCUUUUUCCUUUCUUUUUUUCUUUAACGAAGGUUUUGUAUGAUAAUUGAGCAGAUUUUUGAGUGUUCUUAUGUGUUUAU